AUGCCGGCGACGACGCAGCGCCAGGAACACCGCCGUGCACGGUCAGCAGCCGUGAGUGCCAAAGGGAAGCCGUAUUUCUAUCACCACAAGACGUCGGCCUCGGUCGUCUCUUCGGCAACCCAGGACCAUUCGACGACGGCGGAGUAUAUGUCGAGAAAUUCCGGAAACGAAUCCAAUGACUCGUUGCUCGAGACCCCGCCGCUCUCCCCACCUACUCACGAACAAGGGUGCGUGCAUGGGUAUGGAAUCUCAUCUGACGUCUCUUCUGCGUCUGGGCCCCAUGGACCAACGUUGAUGUCGCUUCUCGGACCCGGAUCUGGACUGGGACUUGUGCUCGGAACCGGACAGAACCUUGGGAAGAGCACCCAUGGAGAUGGCGGCAGCGUGCCCGAUAUCCCAGGCUUCCCGACGUACGCAGAAUGCAAGCGCAUAGAGGACUCGUAUCUCGCGUCGCUGUCGCACCGCAAGCAGCCUAAGGCACUCAUCACUCAGGCUCUCUUCGACGAUAUCUGGGACGUCUUGCACGAUGCCGACGGGGCCUCCUCUGGCUCACAUCCCAACGGCAAUGGUCCUGGCGGCGGCGGCAGCAGCAACGGCGGUGGGAGUGGUGGAGGCGCACGAGGCACCCCGCAAUUCCGCUUCUGGGUGCGCAAGAUGUUCGCACUAGAGUGGCCCCAGACGGCGCUUACGGGCCCGCUCUCGCGCACGUCGCUCGCACGCGCACCGGUUGUCGUGCACGAUGCGCGGCCGGUUGCAGUGCGCGAGCAGUUGUACGAGGUGCUGUGCUACUGCCAUGCGCUCGCGCAUCACGGGGGGCGCGACAAGACGUGCGCGGUCGUGCGCGCGCACUACUCUUGGGUGCCCAAGGAGCUCACCGCGCAGUUCGUCAAGGCAUGCCCGACGUGCACUGUCAAGCGCAGCGGGAAUCCGGACCUGGUCGCAAUGAUGAAGCAGCAAGCGGCUGGGUGUGGGGUCAUGUACGGACUCGGCGGUGGUGGUCACGGAGAUGGCGGGGCAGCGCUGGUUCAUCCUUCCAUGCAAUCUAUGGAACAGCAGGUUGAGAUGCAGAUGGACUAUACCGGAGUGCCGUACUGGGGCCCUGGGCCGAACGAUCCUGCGUUCUGGACGCCGGUGGAGCUGUCUAGGAUCGAACCUGCGGCCGUCAAGGAAGACGACGAGGUCAGCAUACAAGCGCGGCCCAGCUCGCUCAUGGACAUCCCGCAAUCGUGUCAGCAGACAGACCUGGCGAUGCCCUCUGGAUGUGCUCAGGACUCUACUGUGUCUCACAUUCAUUCUCGUUCUCGUUCUGGUUUCGGCUCUGGCUCUGGCUCUGGUUCCGGCGCUGUCUCUGGCUCUGGCUCUGGCGCUGUCUCUGGGUCCGUCUAUAGCUUUGGUACUAGCUCCGAUGCUGCACCUGUCUCUGACUCCACCAGUCAUGGCUGUGAGGAUAAUUCUGGAUCUUCUAUUGGCAUCGUGCCGCCGUUCGAUGGACAAUGGUGUACCUCACAUGCACAGAAUCUGAUAUCAGGCGCAUACAUGAGCCAGUCUGGGAGCUCGGGCCUUCUUGAAUCCAACCUGGCUUGCGCGAAUACAAUGGUACCAGGACUCACGCUCCCGCCUUUGAUGAAGGCUCUUUCUGAGGGCACCGUAGGCAACGAUGUACCCAUCUUGCUCUCGCCAUUGAAGCAGUACCCGCGCAUGCAUCCGCCCUCGGCCGUGCAGGAUAUGCACAUUGACCCUGCGCUGCUUAUGGACUCCUUCAUAGACUAUUCGGGUGGGGAAGGCGACGGCGACGGCGACGGCGACUUCAGCUCUAGUCCCAGUACUCCGCAGAAGUCAUCUCAGAUGCGAACGCCCCGACAGACUCCACAGCGUCUAGCUCCUUCAAAGCACACGCCUUCCCAUGCACGCGGAGGCGGUUCUUUUUCCAAUCGUAUCCUGUCCGCCUCGCCCACGCAGCGUGGUGGGAAGAAGGGUAGGGCGGCCCCUCCUGCACCGCUAGAUUUCAGCAACCUGCUGGAUAUCGGACUGAGCCCAGACCGUCUGCUGCUGCGGGUGCGGUCAAGCCCGUUGCCGACGCCAACACUGGCCACAUUCAAUGCUCUUCGGGUCGGCGCUGAUACGUACUCUGGGACGGUGUCUUGGCGGGGUUCUGUGUCCGUUUCUUCUACGCCCGAUUCUGUGACCAUGUCCGACGUAUCUCUGCCUCUGUCCACUACUCCGAUGUCGGGUGGCGAUGGCGAUGGGCCAGCAGACACGUCUGUCGGGAGCGCUGGGAGUGGCGACGAGCCAAUGGUGAUCACACCGCCGCGGUUCGCGGUGGGCACACCGUUCCUUGGAUACGGAGAGGACGACGACGACGCAUGGUCGGGCGCUGCAGAGUUCGGCUUCCCACCGCUUGGAUUGUAUGGGGAGCCGAAGUGGUUGGACGAUGCCGUGCACGAGGAUGAGGAGAUGUGUGACCCUGUUUAA